AGGAAAGGAGCCAGAGGGAAGGAUAAGGCGCGGCAGAGCCCCUUCGGUUCUCCCCACAGAAAGAGAGAGAGAGUGUGUGUGAGCGAGUGAGUGAGAAAGAGAGAAAAAGAGAGCUGGAGGGACCGAACCGGCCUCCCUGGAUGAAGAGUAAGCUGGCGGACAGCAGCCUUUGAUCUCGCUCUCUUUCUCUCCCUAGCAGCGGAGCCCGCCUGGGGAGGCAAGAGUUAAAGCCAUAAACCCACGUAAGCUUGGGGAAGACGGCGGCGGUGCGUUCUCCGCCGUCCGCUGCCUCCGCCGCUCUUCGUUGAAGGCUCCUUUCUCCCACCCACCCCCACCCCCCUCGAUCGGCUGGGGAUCUUCUCCCUCCUUUAGUUGCGAUUGCGAAAGCAGGCAGGAGGAGCCGGGGAGGCGUUGAAGGAAGGGCGCCAGAGCAAUCCGUCCGGGCUUUUGUGCCGCUGCCCCGGUAGUCUCGUUCGCACCCGCCGAGAGCGGGCACUAGUCUGCGGUCAACAUGCUGGACCCGUCGUCCAGUGAGGAAGAAUCCGAUGAGAUCGUGGAAGAGGAGAGCAGCAAGGAAGUGUUGGCUCCAGCCGCCUCGGGGGCUCGGCUCUCCCCCAGCCGGACCAGCGAGAGCUCUGGGGGCGGCGGUGGCGGGAGUAGCGGCGGGCUGCAACCCAGCAGCCGCAGCGGAAGCAGCGUCCGGCCUUCCAGCCCGAGCCCCUCGGUGGUGAGCGAGAAGGAGAAGGAAGAGCUGGAAAGGCUGCAAAAGGAGGAAGAAGAGAGGAAGAAGAAGCUGCAGCUUUACGUCUUCGUCAUGAGGUGCAUCGCCUACCCAUUCAAUGCCAAGCAGCCCACCGAUAUGGCACGGAGGCAACAAAAGAUAAGUAAACAGCAACUGCAGACAGUUAAGGAUCGCUUUCAAGCCUUUCUCAAUGGAGAAACCCAGAUUGUUGCUGAUGAAGCCUUUAUGAAUGCUGUCCAGAGUUAUUAUGAGGUAUUUCUGAAAAGUGACCGUGUCGCCAGGAUGGUUCAGAGUGGUGGGUUCUCAGCUAAUGACUCCCGAGAAGUCUUCAAGAAACAUAUCGAAAAGAGGGUCCGUAGCCUGCCUGAGAUUGAUGGUCUCAGUAAGGAGACUGUCCUGAGUUCCUGGAUGGCAAAAUUUGAUGCAAUAUAUCGAGGGGAAGAAGAUCCACGCAAAGCUCAAGCCAGAAUGACAGCAAGUGCUGCUUCAGAGUUGAUUCUCAGCAAGGAGCAGCUGUAUGAGAUGUUCCAGAACAUCUUGGGAAUCAAGAAAUUUGAGCAUCAGCUUCUGUACAAUGCAUGUCAG